AUGGGCCGCUCAUUGGUCAGGUCCGCUCUCUCACAUGGUGACCUCGUCACCACAGUCGGGCGGACGUUCGAGUCCAGCCCGGAGGCCAUGGCCAAUCAGCAGGAGAACUGCCUCGGCCUUCUCUGUGACGUCCGGGCAAGGGACUCCGUGGCUCGGGUGUUUGAGCGGACGCUGGAUCACUUCGGCAGGAUCGACAUUGUGGCCAACUGCUCCGGGUAUGGGGUCAUUGGCGCGUGCGAGGAUCAGGAUGAGCAUGAGAUCCGGAACCAGUUUGAGACAAACUUCAUGGGAACGCUACACAUCAUUCAGUCGAGCCUGCCGUACUUCCGGCAGCAAGGCGCGGGCCGGUAUUUGAUAUUCAGCUCCACUUCAGGAGCAUUAGGCGUUCCAGGCUUGGGGCCUUACUGUGCCACGAAAUAUGCCGUUGAGGGUUUGAUCGAAUCUAUGCUCUACGAAAUUGACUCUUUCAACAUCAAGGCCACGCUGGUGGAACCAGGGCUGGUACGACGCGAUGAGCCGGACUCGCAGACGAAUCCGCUCCCUACCUGGGGCCACUUCCUCAUCCGGCCGGCGAGCGAGGCAUACUCGCACGAGUCUUCACCUGCUAUGCACGCAAAGAGAAUGGUGCGAUGGCUAGGAGAUAGACAGCCCACGAGCGCCGUCAAGUGCGCCGAGCUGGUGUGGCAGCUGGGUCAUUGCUCCUUUCCGCCCCUGAGGCUGCUGCUUGGCAGCUAUGCUAUUGAGAGCAUUCGUGACCGGCUCCGUUCUGUCACGGAGGAGCUGGAGGACUGGAAACACCUCAACUUUCCUGUUGCCCCGGACGCAUCGGGGAGUCAAAAAGAGAAGUCUGAUAAAUCGGAUCGGGACGAAAAGGAUGAUGACGAAGCAGACUCAGCCAGCCAGGCCGAUACGAUCACUGCGAGUGUCCCUUGA